UUUUCUGCAGUGCCGGGUACAGGCAGUCCCAGUUUUGCAGCAGGGAUCGAGGCUCGGAGCAGGAGGCGGAGAGGUGACGAUGGACGUCGUGGAAGGACUCUCAGGGAGACCCCAGCUGCUGCCAUGGGGAGCUGGGAUCAUUGCUCUGCUUUUGACAAUUGUGACUGUGUGCUCCCUGCCCUCCCUGAUGGAAUACUGGAGGCAAUGGUGGAUAUUGAAGUCGAUUCCGGGUAUCAGCCCCUGCUAUCCUGUGGUGGGAAAUGCCCUGCUCUUGGAGCGGAAAGGAGAAGAUUUUUUUAAACAGAUACAGUUUUAUACUGAAGAGUUCAGAAGUUGGCCAUUGUUCAAACUUUGGAUAGGACCAGUGCCUGUCAUGUUUUUGUAUCACCCUGACAGUGUGGAGGUUAUCCUGAACAAUUCAAAACAUAUCGACAAAUCAUACCUGUACAAAUUCCUGCAUCCAUGGCUGGGCACUGGACUUCUGACAAGCACUGGAGACAAGUGGCGGUCACGGAGGAAGAUGAUAACUCCCACAUUCCACUUUGCAAUCUUGAGUGACUUUCUAGAGGUUAUGAAUGAACAAGGAAAUAUUUUGGUGAAGAAACUUGAGAAGCAUGUUGACAAGGAGCCAUUUGAUGUCUUUAUGGACAUCACUCUGUGUGCCCUUGAUAUUAUUUGUGAAACAGCAAUGGGCAGGAAUGUGGGUGCCCAGAAGAAUAAGGAUUCUGACUAUGUUUCUGCUAUCUACAGGAUGGGUGAUCUAAUCCAACGGCGACAGAUGAGCCCUUGGCUUUGGCCUGACUUUUUGUAUGUAUUGUUCAAAGAAGGAAGAGAGCACAAGAGGAUUCUCAACAUUCUUCAUAAUUUUACAGAUGCGGUCAUUGCAGAAAAAGCUGAAGAACUUAAAAACACCCAGCAAAAGGAACAUGAUAAUGAUGGUAACUCUGAAGAAAGUGGUUCCAAAAAGAGAAAAGCAUUCCUGGACAUGCUCCUGAACGCAACAGAUGAUGAUGGGAAAAAAUUGAGCUACAGGGACAUUCGUGAGGAAGUGGAUACUUUCAUGUUUGAGGGCCAUGAUACAACAGCAGCUGCUAUGAACUGGGUCUUGUACUUGCUUGGACGUAAUCCAGAAAUUCAGAAGAAGGUUCACAGGGAAUUGGAUGAGGUGUUUGACAAUACUGAACGUCCUGUUACAACGGAGGAUUUGAAAAAUCUUCGAUACCUUGAAUGUGUUGUGAAAGAAGCUCUUCGUCUCUACCCUUCAGUUCCCAUGUUUGCCCGUACCUUGAGAGAGGAUUGCUGCAUUAGGGGAUAUCAGAUACCUAGAGGUGCAAAUGUCCUUGUUUUAACUUAUGCCCUGCAUAGAGACCCUGAGGUCUUCCCUGACCCGGAGGAGUUCAGGCCUGAGCGAUUCCUCCCUGAAAAUUCUAAGGGAAGGCACCCAUAUGCUUAUGUGCCCUUCUCAGCUGGUCCCAGGAACUGCAUUGGUCAGCGCUUUGCACAAAUGGAGGAGAAAACUCUUCUAGCCCUCAUCCUGCGGCGCUUUUGGGUGGAAUCAUGUCAAAAGCCAGAAGAGCUUGGUUUAUGUGGAGAAUUGAUUCUUCGUCCAAAUAAAGGCAUCUGGAUUAAACUGAAGAGGAGACCAAAUGCUGGAUCAGAAUGAAAGGAAUUUCAAAAGUUUACUUCCAAAUGUUUUCAAUCUAUUUAGACUGAGACAUAUUUUAAAAUCAAAUAUUUUUAUGUCAGUCCAGCAAUUUGUUAAAACUAGUUGCUAUUGUUGUAUUAAAAAAGAUGUAGCAAUAGCCCUAGUUGCUCUACUUCUAUAGUGCUUGUGAGCUUCAUGCUAAUCUUUGAAAUGAAAUUUAAUCCUUAAAUUUUAGUGCCUUAUCUGCAUGUAAUCAAAUGCAAUUUAAUCCUUAAUUUUUAGUGCCUUAUCUGCUCAGAUGAAAUUAUUCUAUUGCCACAGCGCCAUAAAAACUAAGCUAUGGUAAUGACAACAGCAAUGCCUGUGAUGUGAUCAGCUUACAUGCCAUAGCAUUUUCCAGGUGACUGGAAAUCUCAAAUGUUUGUAAGGUUUUCAGGUUUGUUUCUGAAAAAUACAAGUGAUAAUCCUUCUUCUUAGCAAAUUUUUUUUUGGUGAUGACUGCCUCUGUAAAGACCACAAAAAAAAUCUCUGAUAAUUUCACUCCUUCUUGGUAAGCAUUUAAAGUAGUUUGUAAGAAGGGAGUGCUCUGAAUUAUUUUUUUGCAAACUGCACCAAAAGCAUUAAUCUUUAUAACCAUAGCAGGAACUAGACUGUCUACAAAUUACACGCAGGAUUUCAUAAUGACAAAAGCAAUGUAUUAUUACAAACUUUGAGAAUAAACUCCUACUAUGCCUCAAUGUGGACUG